CGAUACGCAAGGUCAAUAAGAUGGCGAGCCACAAGACAUUCCGAACCAAGCAGAAGCUGGCCAAGGCCCAGAAGCAGAACCGCCCGGUUCCGCAAUGGAUUCGCCUUCGCACUGGCAACACCAUCCGCUACAACGCCAAGAGAAGGCACUGGAGGAAGACCCGCCUUGGCAUCUAAGCAACUUCACCCAAAAAACCAAUCCGGCAUUCUCGAAAACAAAAGAACCCCCCCUUAUCUCGCACCGAACGAUCCCGACCUCCAGCAGCGGUUUUUCAUCUUUUGGCAUGGUCCUAGUGUGGUGAUGGGUAUAGGAAGGGGUUUCCAAUGAAGAAAACAACUUCUUUCUCCCCCCGUCUUUUCUUUUUCAGGCGUGUUGGGAGGGGAAGGGUCUAGGAGGAUGCAGAUGCAUGGAAUGGGCACGGUUGCCUGGUUUCUUGAUUCUUGAUAUUGCUUCAUGUCACGGUCGGUCAUAGGGAAAGGAAUGAACCUAUUUUGAUGCCACUUCGGCUUUUUUCCCCACAAAGAUUCACAUCUCUUCGU